CCAGUAAUAGUAGUGCCGCGGUGCUGAUACAAACGUAGUCUCUUAGUCGUGUCGCUUUGCAUUCCCUGAAUAAAUAUACGUAUAUCGACUAUCUAGACAUACUAGAGUAUUACCGGUCGACGUUAUCUCUUAUACGAAUGACGUGAGUGUAUAUGAGUCAACGGAAGAAAAAUUUUGUACACACUGACCGGCCUAGUGCAAUUAUUUUGACAAAUUACACUGAAUUUAUAUUACGUACAGUAAAAAAGACGUAUGGAUUUUCAUAUAAAUAUCUUAUGUUAGUUUUUAGUGGCUUCUAGUUUUCGUUCUUGUCCUAAUAAGCAGUUAGCUUAAUACGCAUGUGGGUGCCAGCUUAACUAACGAAUUAAUACUGUGUCUACAUUAAAAUCUGAUUUCAUCAAUAUCUGUACACGUUCGCCUUCACAUUUGUCUGGCUAUCCUCAGUUCUGCAACUUUUCUUUAUAAACAGCGGUUUUUUGUCGAAGUUCUAACAUGGUCCCAAACAACAGCGGUGCACUCAAAAGUGUUUUUUUGGACACAAACAGACAUUCAUCAAGAAUUUUCAACAAAACUUUUAUUAAAUUUGAUGUGUCAAUGGCUAAUGAUAAAAUUGGUUUUAUGAGAUCACUGGAUUUAUUUUAUGUCAAAAAUACAAAAGAAUUUGGAUCUAAAUUAAACUGGGAGGAAGUUUCAUCAGCAGCCACUUUACCAUUAAAAGAAUGUUCAGUAGUACUCACCGAUAUAAGCUAUAAUACAAGAAGUGAACUUUGCAAUAAUGGCAUAAAUUUUAUUUGCUACAAAAACCUGCAUCAUCAAUUCAAUGUUAACAAAUGCAAGAAUGUAAAAAUUCGGAAGCAACAAAUUAUUAAAAGAACUUGUUCAAAGCUUACUGACACAAAAUCUUUGAAAAAUACUAGUAAAAUUGAAUCCAUAAAAUGUAAUGUUGGUAAAAGGAAAAACAAUAGCAGUGUCACUUUCAAAGUGACUUUAAAAAUAGGCAGUGAAGUCAUUUCGAAAAAGUACUGUAAAAAGAAAUACUUUAGUAAGGAAUCUCCAUACAAACGAAUAGUCAAUAAAAUGCAUCAAGACAUCGACUGUGAAAAAUGUAACGAUAUCAAAGACAGUUUAUACAACUCCAGAGUUAGAUCGGAUAUUGCGAAUUGUCAUCAAGACAGUAGUAAAAGCCCACAAUGUGAAUCCUACGAUCAAAAUGUAUUUGAAGAUAAGUGGCUUAUGGCUGCAGCACUUGUGGAAUUGGAAAUACAACGACACCGUUCGCAAUAUAUGAAAUCUCCUCCUUUUGAAAAUAAUAUGCAAUAUAAUGAUGAACGAAAGAAUAUUGAUAACAAUAAUGUAGAUGGUGAUGCUGCUGUUUCCGAAGCACGUGAAACAAUACCAUUGAGUACUAUUACCGAAGAUGAUAUACAAGAAGUUUUGCGAAUAAAAAAAAAUGCGAAGAAAAAUUGUAAUAAGAGUACCAAUACUUUACAACGGAAUAGGCUGACUACGAAUAAUAAUGAUGAAAUUAUUACUAUUGAUGAUAAUUGCGAUGAUUUAAUGGAUGAUUGCGUAAUUAUUGGUGAAUCUUUAUCAGAGGAUUACUUGAAAGACUAUAAAGAAAAUCAUUGUCCAUUUUACAUGAUGGACACCGAGAAACAAGGAAAUAAAAAGAAUUCUUGUUUUAACGAUGGCAGGAACAUUGUACAACACAAACUUCAUCAUUCAGAUUCCCAGAUUUUAGCUCUUAGUACAAAAAAUAAUCCAAGCUUGCAAUCAUCAUGUAAUAAAAGUUAUGAAAUAUCUAGAUUUAAAUGUAACAAAUUAAUUCAAUACUGAGAUUUUUUAGCAUAUGAACGUUACACUUUAUACUAUUAGAUCACUAUGUUAUUUAGUACCUUUAGUUUUAAAUAACAAAUUUAUUAUUAAUUAUAUGUUUAUUAACCUUGCAUAAUAAUAAAAAUUUUAUUUAGCGAUAGUGGAAAAUAUUUUAAAUUGUGAUAUUGUUAACAGUAAUUUAUCUUUAAAAUUGCCACCGUCACUCAAUGUUAAUGCAGUUAAAUAUCAAAUA